CAUUACUCCAGAUCAUAUUUCAGGGAGCUUGUAUAAGAUUCACAACAACUAUAAACUAUCUGGGAUUGAGAGGGACAUAUAAGGUCAUCUGGUCAAACAUCCUUUUUUUGAAGAUGUGAACCUGAGGAAAAGAGAUGCUGUGUGGUUUACCUAAGACAGCAAGGCUGACAACUACUAGUCAUUCUCUGACACCUCAAAGCGAUAUGGACUCCAGUAGUUCUGAGGAAUUCUAUCAGGCAGUACAUCAUGCUGAACAAACCUUCCGAAAGAUGGAAAGCUAUUUGAAGCAACAACAACUCUGUGAUGUGAUCCUGAUUGUGGGUAAUCGUAAGAUUCCUGCUCAUAGGGUCAACGCACAUGUGUAGCAUAGCUGAGUCUCUUUACAGACCAACAAACCCAUGAUCAGGUCAACUUGGAUGAGAAAAAAAAGAAAAUGUCAAAUAUCUCCAUAAAGCACUGGGAACUAGAGAAGAAAAAAAUUCAGAAUGAAUGGUGUUUGCUUUAGAAUAAUCCUUAAUAAAAAGCAUUUGUUUGGAUGUCCACAGAAGCAUCAUUAAAAAUUAAUAAGCCUUGGCAUGAUCAAGUGUUUUUCAAGGGGAAAAAAAAUGUUCUUUUCCUCCAAAGAGAACAUUGUAAUGACUAUUCUAGUUCCUUGUACCCAGCAUCCAUCCCU